AUGGAGCAAAACGACAAUGUCGCCAGCCCCACGGUAUCCGUGCUAGACAUCAAACUGUGCCUCCCUUUCGGACCGGCGAGCCGGAACUUAGCCAGCGAGGGGCGGGACCUGCUGUUGGCACCACCUGCAAAAAACGCCUGCCAGACGCUCAAGGAGACGCUUAUUCGACGCUUCACCCCGUCAGAGCUGGAGCAUCUCCAGCAGCUGCUACGCGAGCCCGAACUGGGUGACCGCCGACCUAGCGAACUUUGGCGCCACAUGCAGCAACUGACUGGUUGCACAGCAAGCGUCGACAGUCGCCUAGUGCGGGAACUUUUUCUACAAAGACUUCCCGCCAAUGUGCUAAUGGGUAUCACCGCGUCCGGGGAAACGAACCUGCCCAAGAUGGCCGAGCCCACUGAUAAACUAAUGGCUGUCGCGACGCCCACAGUCGCGUCGUUGCACGCCGAAGUUUCGCCCACUCGCGUCCUGCUCGAGAUGAGAAAAUAA